GAGGUAUGUUUGACUUGACUACGGAUGCCGUAGAUGACUUUGCUACUGAGGAUACUAUCCCCCACCCUACUUAAUUUCAACCUUUCCUUUUGCAUCCAAACUAAACCAAACCAAACCAGUAUCUUACACUCAUCACUCUUUGUGUGUGUGAGAGAGAAAAUAGAGUGAAAGAGAGAGAGAUGGUGAGUGUGGCACCGAACUCUGGGAAUGUACCGGAAACAUAUGGAGAAAAUGGCAUCAACCUGCCCAAAGAACUCGAUGCUGGAGUUCUGUUUGUCCUUAAAUCCCGAGGGUCGUGGUUGCACUGUGGUUACCACUUGACGACAGCGAUAGUUGCGCCGGCACUGCUGAGCCUUCCUUUUGCAUUUGGGUUGUUGGGUUGGGUUGGUGGAGUUUUGUGCUUGACCAUGGCAGCUCUUGUCACCUUCUACUCUUAGAAUCUUCUCUCUUUGGUUCUGGACCAUCACGCUCAGCUUGGGAAACGUCAGUUACGUUUCCGGGACAUGGCCCAUGACAUUUUAGGACCUGGAUGGGGCAAGUAUUUUGUGGGACCACUUCAAUUGGGAAUAUGCUAUGGUGCAGUUAUUGCUUGUAUACUUCUUGGAGGCCAGAGCCUCAAGUUUAUUUACUUGCUCUCCAAGCCAAAUGGGAAUUUACAACUCUACCACUUUGUGGUAAUUUUUGGAGCCCUGAUGCUUGUAUUGGCACAAAUGCCAUCUUUCCACUCCUUAAGGCACAUCAACCUCAUCUCCUUAGUACUAUGUCUUGCUUACUGUGCUUGUACCACAGCUGGUGCUAUAUACAUUGGAUAUUCCAAAAAAGCACCCAUAAAGGACUAUUCUGUAACUGGAGUUGGCAUUAAUCACAUUUUUGGUGUUUUUAAUGCUAUUUCAAUCAUUGCGACCACAUAUGGCAAUGGAAUUAUUCCCGAAAUACAGGCGACGAUAGCAGCCCCAGUGACCGGGAAAAUGUUCAAAGGACUUUUGGUAUGUUACGCUGUUGUGAUCUCUACAUUUUUUAGCGUCGCCAUAUCCGGUUAUUGGGCAUUUGGAAAUCAGUCUAAAGGAUCAAUUCUUCAAAAUUUUAUGGUUGAUGGGAAGCCUUUGGUGCCUAGGGGGUUUCUUUUGAUGACCAAUGUAUUCACUCUCUUGCAAGUGAUAGCUGUUGUUCUGACGUACUUGCAACCAACAAACGUAGUGAUCGAGCGCAAGUUUGCAGAUCCAAAGAAGGAUCAAUUCUCCAUUCGCAAUGUCGUGCCACGGUUGAUUUUUAGGUCAUUGUCCAUUGUCAUUGCCACACUUUUGGCUGCCAUGUUACCUUUCUUUGGUGACAUCAUGGCGUUAUUCGGGGCAUUUGGAUGCAUUCCUUUGGAUUUCAUUCUACCUAUGAUUUUUUACAAUGUGACAUUCAAACCCUCCAAGAAAAGCAUAAUAUUUUGGGGAAACACAUUCAUCGCAACGAUCUCCAUAGUGUUAUCAUUGGUCGGAGCAGUGGCAUCAGUGCGACAAAUUGUUCUUGAUGCAAAAACCUAUCGUUUGUUUGCUAACAUGUAAAUAUAUGUAAUGUUGAGAGCAGCAUAAGAAAUGGACGAUAUGAUAUUGUUGACAUCAUAAUUUACUUUUCCAUCGAUUGUGGUUUGUUAAUUAUGGCCAAAUUCAAUUAUAGUCUGUUGAAUGA